AUGUCUCUCCAAACACCACUGUCAACCCUGCUCAAAAUCCAACAUCCAAUCCUCCUUGCCGGCAUGGCGCGAGCCUCAGGAGCCCCAUUAGCAGCGGCAGUCUCCAAUGCCGGCGGCCUCGGCACCGUCGGUGGGCUGGGGUACACACCGCAGCAGCUAUCUGAGAUGCUGACCGAGCUCAAGUCCCUACUCCGGGACCCAUCGCUGCCAUUCGGCGUCGACCUCGCCCUGCCCCAGGUCGGGGGCAGCGCGCGAGCAACCAACCACGACUACACGCACGGGCAGCUAGACGAGCUGGUCGAGGUGGCGAUCUCGCACGGCGCGAAGCUGUUCGUCUCCGCGGUCGGCGUGCCGCCCGCGAAGACCAUCAAGCGGCUGCACGAGGCCGGCAUACUGAUCAUGAACAUGGUUGGCGCGCCCAAACACGCCGAGAAGGCGCUGCAGUGCGGCGUGGAUAUUGUAUGUGCGCAGGGCGGCGAGGGCGGCGGCCAUACGGGCGAUGUGCCCUUUUCUGUGCUUGUCCCCGCUGUUGUUGAUGUGGCGCGUCGGUAUCGUAGCCCGCUUACUGGCCAGCCGGCGCUGGUGGUUGCCGCGGGUGGGAUCAAUGAUGGGCGCAGUUUGGCGGCGUCGCUGAUGCUUGGGGCUGCUGGUGUCUGGGUGGGCACGCGGUUUGUGGCGUCGGAGGAGAGUGGUGCUAGUCGGCUGCAUAAGGAGGCUGUUAUUGGGGCAAGAUAUGGAGAAACUUGCCGCACGCUGGUUGUUUCGGGUCGGCCGUUGCGCAUGCUGCCGAAUGACUAUGUCAAGGAUUGGGAGAGUCGGCCGGCGGAGAUUGCUGAGUUGACUGCCAAAGGCGUUGUGCCGAUGAUGCACGAUCUGGAGAAUGAGAAGGAUAUCGAUAUGCCGUUCUUGAUGGGUGAUGUGUCGGCGAGUGUCAGCGAGAUCAAGCCGGCCGGUGUUAUUGUGAGGGAAAUGGUCCAGCAGGCUGUGGAUAUGCUGAGAGUAGGAGGUUCGUAUAUUCACGGCCAAGGAAGUAAACUGUGA